ACCUUUGUCGACUCCAAAUUUCAAUCCUUUUCUCAAACAGUUGCAUUUCGAUUUCAAAUUCUCUGAUUACAGAUAAUUAUGAAACUGUUUCUUCUUCACUAACUUGUAACAGUUACAGAGAAAAAUAAAGAGAGAUGGAGAGACAAAGAAGUUUCUCUGUGAAGUCCACAAGAGUCUUAGCAUUCAUCAUCACAACAAUCUCUUCCGCCAUUGUUUUCUUCACUUUUUUCUCCUCUUCCUUAAUCAAAUCUAACUCUUCUCUUUACCCAACACCAGACUCUAACUUCCAGAUCGAUUUAAGUCCUAUAGCCGCCAUUUCCGCCGUCUCCGAUUCUUCAGUUUCUCCUCAAGCAAGCCCGAUUCUGAUCUCUACCCAUUUCAAUUCACCCGAAAACACUUCCGGGUCUUCAAAAAUUUCCGUUUUUGAGCAGAAGAUUCGCGGCGAGAGUUUGGUUAAGGAAGUUAGGGAAACUGCUAAUUUAACUUCGAUUAAAGUGAUUGAACUUCCGAGCAACAAUGGUGAGGAGAAGACAAAGAAGAGAAUCGAAGAGUGUGAUGUUACGAAAGGGAAGUGGGUUUACGAUAGUGACUAUCCAUUGUACACAAAUGCGUCUUGUCCUUUUAUCGAUGAAGGAUUUGGUUGUCAAAGCAAUGGAAGAUUGGAUCUUAAUUACAUGAAUUGGAGAUGGGAGCCUCAAGAUUGUGAUGCUCCCAGGUUCAAUGCUACAAAAAUGCUGGAAAUGAUUAGAGGGAAGAGGCUAGUGUUUGUUGGAGAUUCAAUUAAUAGGAACCAGUGGGAAUCUAUGCUUUGUUUGUUGUUUCAAGCUGUUAAAGAUCCCAAGAGAGUCUACGAGACGCACAACCGAAGAAUCACCAAAGAGAAAGGGAAUUAUAGCUUCCGUUUCGUGGAUUAUAAAUGCACUGUGGAAUUCUAUGUUACUCAUUUCUUGGUUCGUGAGGGUAGAGCAAGAAUAGGAAAGAAGCGAAGAGAAACACUUAGAAUCGAUGCUAUGGAUCGAACCUCUUCGAGAUGGAAAGGUGCUAAUAUCUUAGUGUUCAAUACAGCUCAUUGGUGGUCUCAUUACAAAACCAAAUCGGGGGUCAACUAUUACCAAGAAGGAGACCAGAUUCAUCCCAAGCUCGAUGUAUCAACCGCUUUCAAGAAAGCUUUGCAGACUUGGUCAUCAUGGGUUGACAAAAAUGUCGACCCGAAGAAAACUCGCGUUUUCUUUAGAACCGCUGCACCUUCUCAUUUCAGUGGAGGAGAAUGGAACUCAGGAGGUCACUGCAGAGAAGCCAACAUGCCGUUGAACCAAACCUUCAAACCGAGCUACUCGAGCAAAAAGUCCAUUGUUGAAGAAGUACUGAAGCAGAUGAGAACACCGGUAACCCUCUUGAACGUUAGCGGUUUAUCUCAGUACAGAAUUGACGCCCACCCGUCUAUUUACGGAACAAAACCAGAAAACCGGCGUUCAAAAGCUGUCCAAGAUUGCAGUCAUUGGUGUCUCCCUGGUGUUCCUGAUACUUGGAACCACUUCCUUUACCUCCAUUUGCUCCAUAAACGAUAAAUACAGUUUACAAACUAAUCAAAGCUCCAGUUACUUGUUCAGAAUUGUUUGUUUAAUGUAGGGAUGCUCGAUACAGUUUAACCAACCAAACCAAAACCAUAUUGGAAAAACCACGAUAAAUACAGUUUACAAAU